AUGCCACCCAAACUCAACCGGGACGCAAUGCCCUUACCGCAAUCACCGGCCGAACGGGAUAGAACUAGCAGGUUGCCCUCUCCUACGCCCUCGAAUCAAUCAGGACGUAGCGAAGCAUCGAUCAGAUCUCGUCUACCUCUUGAUUCUAGAGCCCCGCAAACUCAAUCGGCAUCUAAGUCUAGAGCGAUUUCAACACCUCGUAACAAGGUUACCUGCGCGUCCCUGUCUACCCCAUCUUCGGUCCGGUCAGAGUUGAGUGAAACAUCCUCCAGACCUCCAUCACGGCGCUCGGCAAGAAUAGCAGAACUCAGUACAGGCUCCAAAACCGUGUUCAUAUCGGAUGCUACUCGAAUUAUCCCUUUCAAGAUUCAGAGCGCACCAACUGUAUCUCAGACACCCUCCCUACCGCGUAAGCCCCGCCAGAGCUUAGACACUGGGGCCAGUCUGUCCCUAUUCAAUUCCGUCGGUCGCCAUAAGCGGUCGGUUUCUGAUACGCAGUAUGACCGUCGUGGGGAAGUCACCCAUGACGGUGUCUAUCAAGAUGGAGAUGGAGAUAUAUAUGAAGAGGAAGAUCAAGAGGAAGAUCAAGAGGAAGAUCAAGAGGAAGAUCAAGAGGAAGAUCAAGAGGAAGAUCAAGAGGAAGAUCAAGGGGAGGAUCAAGAGGAGGAUCAAGAAGAGGAUCAAGAUCAAGAUCAAGAUCAAGAGAAAGGUCAAGAGAAAGAUAGUGAAAGUGGAGAUAAAGACGAGCUCAACUGGGUACCACGAAGCUCGAAAACUGCACGCCAAAUUGAUGACAGUUUACGUUAUAAAAUUCGGGAAAAAUGCAACAGUAAUAAAGAAGGAGUCAUCUAUCUCUUCAGAUUUAAAAGCAACAAACACCCCGCACUCUUGAAGAUUGGGCGGACGACAACGUCCAGUAGCGCUCGGAAGAUGGCGAUCGAAAAAAAGUGCGGAAUCCAUCUCGAAUAUGUCUGGGAUUCCGGACAAGUCGGACGUUCUGCGAACCAUUCCCGGCUUGAGCAGAUCAUUCACGCUGACCUCUACAAUCAAUGUCGGCCAUACGAGUGUAGGGCGUGUAAGAAGCAGAACAAAAUAGACCCACAAACACAUGAGGAAUUGUUUGAGAUUCCGGAAGAUCGGGCGAAACAGACGGUCGAACGAUGGGUGAAUUUUAUGAAGUUACAUCCGUACCACAAAAAUGGACAACUGAAAUCCAUCUGGAAACGCCAUGUCACUAACACGGAACUAAAUCUCCAGGGCGAGGAUGUCCAAGACCAUGGCGCGCGAUCGAAACGUUGGACAUCGUUUAUCGACGACCCUCCGAAGCCCCUCCCGCCUCUAGAACACUUUUGUGAAUGGAUAGAGACCCUUGAAAUCUGUGUAUUUUUGUGGAAAUUUUCCUGGCAAGCUGCUCUUGUCUUCACGUGGUUUCUAAACUAUGCGGUAUCCUAUCACUAUUUUACUUUGGCGGGUCUUGUAUUUUCUUUUAUAUGCUCUACCUUCAGCGUUGCCCGCACGUACGAAGGCACGAAGGGAAGGUCGGGCAUUACUACCUGA